AUGCGCUUAUUCCCUCCCAACAUUCUCACCUCAGAUGCCUCCCAAAAGCCUCCGGCUCCACAACCACCAAGCUAUGUCUUAACAAACCGCAACUCGGAGUUUCUAUACUUAGGAACACUUGUCAACUCUACAGUAGACCCAGAAACAGCUAUCCUUUCUAGCAAUAGAGUCCAAACUCUUCAAAGCGGAGAACAGUUUCUCCAAACUGAACAAAUGGGUAGUUUUGAAAAUAAUAUUGAAUAUGAAGAAGAUGAGUUUUUUUCGCCAAGAGGGACUGAGCUCUUGGAAAGCCUAUUAAAGAUGGCUCCAACCGAAGAAGAAGAGCUUAGACUGAAGGAGCUCAAUGAUGAAUCCCCUUUUAAGCUAGGUCCAGCCGAGAAAUUCCUCAUGGUUGUGCUCAACAUACCUUUCGCCUUCAAGAGGGUCGAUUCUUUGCUCUACAUCGCUAAUUUUGACUCUGAAAUUGAGUACCUGAAAGGGUCUUUUGAAACUUUACAGGCUGCAUGUGAAGAGUUGAGAAACAGUAGAAUGUUUCUGAAGCUUUUGGAGGCAGUGCUCAAAACUGGGAACCGCAUGAAUGUCGGCACCAAUCGUUGUGAUGCCCAUGCCUUCAAGCUUAACACGCUCUUAAAGCUUGUUGAUGUAAAGGGCACUGAUGGGAAAACUAUACUUCUGCAUUUUGUUGUGCAGGAAACCAUCAGAGCUGAAGGUUCUCGCCUUUCUAGUGCCAAUCAAAAUCUGAAAGCCGAGAAAACUCAGCAAUCUGAUUUUCCGGAUGAUGUUGAAUUUAGGGAGCUUGGCCUGCAAGUAGUUUCUGGUCUAAGUGGGGAGCUAACUAAUGUGAAGAAGGCUGCUGCUAUGGAUUCCGAUGUUCUCAGCAUUGACGUUGCAAAGUUUGCUACCGGUAUCUCUAAAAUCAGAGAAGUUAUAAAGCUAAAUGAAGGGAUUGCUCUGAAAGACAGUAACCUUAAAUUCUCGGAAUCAAUGAACGAGUUCCUGAAGAAAGCAGAGGAAGAGAUUGUAAGAAUCCAAGCCCAAGACAGAGUUGCUCUCUCUAUGGUGAAGGAAAUAACAGGGUAUUUUCACGGGAACUCUGCCCAGGAGGAAGCUCAUCCGUUCCGGAUCUUCACAAUCGUAAGGGAUUUCCUUUCCAUUCUUGAUCGAGCAUGCAAGGAAGUUGCAAAGGUCAGCGAGAGAACAGUAUACAGUUUGGCACGUCCGUUACCAAAUCCUCCAGUCUUUUCUGGAUUCAGCGUGAGGCAGCAUUAUAGUUCCUCCGAUGAUGAAACUCCGUCAUAGGUCGUGAUAAAUGCCCCACAUCCAUAUGUUCUUGUUGGUAAAUCUCUUCAUCUUCAUCACAGUUGGAUGUCCAAUAUCUAACAGGUCCCAUUUCAAAUGCAGCUGUCAAUGCAAAUGCCCUUGUGAGCAAAUCUCAUCACAUAUAUAAUAUACUAUAUCAGGAGUUAAAUAUGGUAUAGCUAUAAGGUUGAAUCUAUCUUGUAAAUAAAUUAGUGACUGUCAAUUGAAGUUUAUGUUCAAUGAUACAAGU